GCGAACGAUCGAACGCGACGAUCGAGAGAACGCGCGCGGUGUCAAGGAAGGCGAAUAAAGGGCGGCUCGAAAGCGACGCUCUCGAGAGCGCGGAUCUCUCUCUGAUAUCGCGAACGGUGGUUGCGUAUACGUGUCGCGCGAAGAAACGCGGAUGACAGACGAGCGCGAAUCGAUCGCUCGAGAGGCGACACGCGAGUGGAGCACAAGUGACGAUGAGGGUGACCACUCGAUCCGCCGCUCGAUGCUCGCUCGGGCGAUUCGCUGGGAAUCGCCGUGUAAUUUCGCGAUUAAUAGGUUUAGGCGAGAUCCGCGAGAAGAAUCUGCUCGGCCGCGUUUCUCUCACACCGCGGUUCUUGCUUCUUCUCAGCCAGCCGCUUCGCGAAUCGUCUCGCGAUUCGGUCGCUGAUCCCCCGACAGGAACGGAACGGAGCUUGGGAAUGUCGGGAUAUAUAACGUUAUCCCGUAUAGAUAACGUUGUCCCGCAACGGAAAUUGAUAGAGACGCGAGUUCAGUGAUAUAUCGCGACAACGUGCUGGCGCGUCGCAUUGCUGGAAAAGCGCGUGACGGGAAUUCGCAGGCUUAUUCGCGGGGCGAAGUGGGAUUUCGCCCCGUAAGCUGUUUGUCUUCCAAUAUAGUGGCGCAUUUGUUUGUUCUUCUCUUGAUUCCUCGGUAUAAAUGCGUUCAAGGCUGAACGGAAUCGACCGCUAUUUCUCACGUUGGCGUUAGUCAAACGGGGCAGCAUUUGCGAAAUCGGCGCGUACGCGAUACGGCGGCGUUUUCCGAAACCGUAUCGCGAGUAAUUUCACGUUGGAUGUUUACUUGAUAGCAAUCACGUUUAUACACGACGGUUGUGGUUUGUUUGUGCAAACCAUGUAAUUCGAUUUAAAAGCAUACGGAUGUGGAAUUAUUAUAUUGUUAAUAUCUCGCAUUAAUACGCGCGGCACGAAAACAUAAUAGGUAUAAUUUGCACGGCGUUUUCCUUUCUUUUUUUAUCUACGGAUUCUUUAAUUAAUUCUCAAAGUAUGAUUAUUUUAAGAAACAUAUCGUAAAGUUAACAAAUUCUAACUCAUAAAUUAUUCAAAUUAUUAAAAACUUUUACGGUAUAAUUUAUAAUGUAUUUAUAUAAAUAGAAAUAAUGGGAAAGGUAUAUUUGUCAAUUAACUGCAAGAUUAAAAGAUUGUGGAAAAAAACCGUUCAAUAAAAUAAUAAGAGAAAAGAAAAUCUAUUCUCUCCCGAAGAGUCUAUAGAUAAAAGGAAGGUCAGGUGUCUAGUGCGUCAGAUGUAAUGCUGUCUCAAACUCACGCCUGUAAUCUUCAAGACGAAAUAUCUAAUUCAUUGUCCACUUGAUCUAAAUUUCGAUGAAUUAUUCCGGAUAAUUAAAUGGGCUAAUGUCCCGAAGAUCGAGGGAUCCGAAGAUGUUUAAGGAGCCGUGACUGUUCGAGUACUCGCAAACUUUGUGAAGGAAGUGAAGUGAAUUGUACGGGAUUGAUGAAGAAAGUUUCAUACAAUUAAAGGGACAAGCGGCGUAAAGAUGGCAGGUACAUGAAGAUACAUUGUAUUAAAAUUUGUAAGAAGUUAACGAGCCUAACGAGAUUCUGAAAAGGGGAAACUGGAGUUAUUGUUGUGAAACAAUGAGAAGACAUCAUUUGUACGCUUAAUGAAUAUAUACGGGUCUCGGGGGUAGGACGGGAGAAAGUGAGUGUAGAAAAGGAGAAAAAGGGAUCGGACUGAGAGUCCGACAGGCGGGACAAAAUGCGACUGAUUAAAAUGUGAGAUGGAAAUCUGAUAACAUAAAACAGAAAAUAAAGAGAACUUAGCAAACAGAUAGACACCAGUUAGACGAAGACGAGAAGGUUACCUUGUACGCAUAAAAAACCGUGCAGAGUAUAAAAGAAAGCAAAAAGGAGAGACAUAGAUAAAGAAGAUUGGACAAGAUUGCCGGAGGAAAACAAUUACACACAGGUAUUCUCGGAGGAAAUAAAGAAAGCACAUACCGAUAUACAGAGAGUUAAAGGUGGAGAAAUCGAUUCGUGGAAGAUUUAGAACCGGAAGCGGUAAAGUGCGGAAAUCUUGGCGAAAAGGGAAAAGGAAGAUAUUUGACAGAGGUGAGAUUGAUGUUGAAGGGAAAGUGGCCGAGGAGAAGCUAGAUAAAUGAACUCGCCGAGCGGAAAACUUCGCGAAAAGGCCAAAAGGACCAGCAAGGAUACGCGGGGUUUAAGAAUAACCGCGAGGAGAGGCGCAUUCGAACCGGAGAAUGAAUAGGAGGAGGAAAUGGAUUAAUGUGGCAUUAUCACGUGUUCUCAACUAUAAGAAACGAUAAAUAUAUGCCCACGGUAGGAGUACAUCGGAUACAUGACAAGAUUUGCGAGAAGAAGAGAAUUUACCAGGUUUACCUCGCUUAUCUUUGUACUGUGAACGAUGGCGAACGAACGUUCGCGGGUGGGCAACUUCGAAACGGCCGAUUCGCUUUAAAAACGAGCACGUGCUCGCGUCGAGAUCGUGCGGCACGUCGAAGGGAUACAUGGACGCGAAACGCAUUCCGCCGAUCGUAUCGGCCACAAAGUGUUCGCGCGAGCGGUAAGCCGUUCCCGAUCAUCAUCCGUUCUUAGCGAUCGACAGUGCGACGCAGACGCGCGACAGACUCUGUCGAAGACACGCAGAUUCCUUGAAUUCGACCACGUGUUAUACUGUGUUCAGGAAUACAAGACGUCAUAAGGCUCUUACAGAGGAGACUUAGGAAGUUAAUAGGAUAACCGCCAUUAUUUGUCCGGAGCAUAUUUUUACUGCCGAGCCACCGAUUUGAGAGAAGCCAGGGUUUACGUCUUCGUCGUCGUAUCAUCAUCGAUCUCCAACGACAACGUCGGUAUAUAUAUAUUAUAUAUAUAUAUCUUCGUUCUCACAGUGUAGUGCAAUCCCUCGUUCUCGUCGAUGCGGCGGGAACUUCGACGGAAGUGGCAGGGAGUGGAAGCGAUACCGAAAUCGAACGCGGGGUGCUGCCGCGCGGUCUACGGGUACCGUGGCGCGGGUACGUGGUGAUCAUCCCCCGUUGUGGGUCGCCUCGCGUUAGUGUCUUCCGCGACUCGGGGGGGGAGGUCGCGCCAAGGACUCGCCGUCGCAACAUGGGCUGCGAACUUAGCAAACUGGCCACCACGAAAUCGCGCAAUCAAGCCGGAAACGAUGGCUCGCCGCCGCCGCCGCCGCCGGCCGCCACGGAUCCCCGACUUCCGCUCACGGCCAGGCAAAAAUUUACGGUUAUCGCUAGCUGGAAAGCGGUCUCCAGGGCACUGGAGCCCACGGGUAUAUACAUGUUCAUAAGGUUAUUUGAAGAGAACGCGGAAUUGCUAAAUAUGUUCACGAAGUUUCGGGAACUAAAAACAAAGGAGCAGCAGUCCUCGAGCAUGGAAUUAGCCGAGCACGCGAAAACGGUCAUGUCUACCCUCGACGAAGGUAUCAAGAGCCUGGACGACAUGGACGCGUUCUUGACGUACCUUCACGAGGUCGGGGCCUCUCACACGAAGAUCCCCGGCUUCAACCGGCAAUACUUCUGGAAAAUCGAGAAACCGUUUCUGGAUGCGGUGGAACGCACGCUGGAAGACCGAUACUCGGAGAACGUGGAGAACAUCUACAAGCUGACGAUCAAGUUCAUCAUCGAGACGCUGAUCGACGGUUUCGACAAGGCACAGAGCGACAAGGCCAAGUCCUAGUCGUCCUAGUCCCGAGGAUCCGGCACGCACGCGAUCGCCCUCGAUCCUGCGAGAUGUUGACCGCCCCCCUCCGGGUUGGCUCGGCCCCCCGACGUCUGGAACGGGUGAAAGCCAGCCGCCGAUAAUUCUUGGGAAGACGACGACGGGAACGGUCGUCGUUCUUGCGGCGUUGGUUCGCGCGGCGUCGACAUGUCGCUGCUAACGUUUCUCCGCGGAUUCCCGAGAAACAGCGAAAUGCGAGCGCGUGGCGUUUUACGCCGUCGCCCUCGCCGGCCUGAGAUCUUUUUCCCCCCUCGAGCGGGUCUCGCCAUUACACGUCUCCGAAUAUUAGGAACAUGGUCCCGAGUCACUCCGUCGGGACCUCUUCGCAAAAAAAACCGCGCCGCGACGCGAAGCGAAAGAGUCGCGCCGGCUCUCCUGACGAUCGAAGGGUCCUCUCUUUUUAUCUGUCCAACUCGACUGACGAUUAAUGUUGAUUGAAUCUUCGACACGCACAAGCGAGUCUAUUCAAACGACACGAAGGUCCAAAAAAACGUUUGAAGACGUUUAAAAACGUCUGAAGUUUCUGAUCUUUUUUUUAAAAUGUCUUAACGAUAUUAUUUUAACAAUAUCUGAGGAUAUCUAUUCAUAUAAGAAUGAAAAUAUGACAAAUGAUUUUAUAUGUAUUUUUUUCUAAUCUAUCUAACAAAAAUUUGACUUGAUUCGUGAGUUUUGGUUUACUCUUUUCAGAUACCUCAAGUAAUUUUACAAACGUCAAUCUUAAUUUAGGUUUAACUGAUUCCUCGCCUCCUUCUAAUGCCACAGUUCCGGGAAAGAGGCAAAGAGUAGGUUAAACUAAGAUUAAAGCGUCGGCAGUGAAAUCAAACCCGAAAGUGCUAUAAUUCCAAGUUUAUCUGGAAUCUACCGGGUGAUCGACCGGUUUUUUACGAACGGUGUCAAAACGCCUGUAGAAAAAUUGGUUCUCCGCAGAGAGAUUUGCUUUCGAGAUUUACGAAUUGUGAAUGUGUGUUUUUUUUUUUACAUGCAAAAUAUUGUCCGCGAAUGAACAAAUUCCGAGAGAUAAAAAUGAAAACAUUCCAGGAAUGGAAUGGGUAUGUGCUUUUUAUGAAUUUAUCAAAUUUUUGUGUCGUGAUAUCAAAGAGAAAGACACUUCAACUCGUUACUGUUAUUAUUCAUUUAUUGUUUCAUUGAAAGUUUGCGUUCCAUUUCUUAUGAUCUUGCACAUGAAAUGUGGUGACAGCAUUCGCAGCAUUUUGAGAAAAAAACCCAACUAAAAAAGCUUACUGGAUUCUUUUUAAACAUCCUGAAAAUAAAUCUUCAAGGGGUGAGUUCGAGUACACGUGUUUAACUUUAUCGUGUCGCGCGUGCACAAGCAAAUAUUAAUUUUUUUUCCAUUAUUUUAAUUUAUUUUCUGUACCGUCUGUUAUUUAUUUUCCUUCGUCAACGAGUAAGCUUCCUCUAGUUUUAAUACGUUUAACAGGAGCAAAACGUAAAGUGACACACGUCGUUAUUGAUCAGACACAGAAUUAGAUGGAAGGCGGUGGGAGGGCUCUCCUUUCCCGCAAGAAUCCGAUCUUAAGAGGAUUACUAAAACGUGUAACUUUGGUCAACUAUAUAAUACUCCUCGUUAGAGCGGGAUACGCCGAAAUAAAAGUUUUUAUUACGAUACUACUACAAGUAAAAUAAGGUUCAACCAGCCGCCAAUAUUCGCCGCACACCAGCGCCAAUUUAAGGGCGUCCAUUACAUCGCUAAGGGAACUCUUAUUAACUUCUCACGAGUGCUAAUAAAACCACUUAAUGCGUAGAUAACGGCGAUUCUUUCAUCAUGCGCGUCGCGCAUAUCCACAUAAUUAACUACGAAUUUACGGUAUCAAGCGUGCAAAAGGAAAGAUGUUUUCCAUUUAAUCCUCUUUUCACGCGCUUUUUCACGCCAAAGGCUCUUUACGGAUAACGAUUAUUCAUUCUUCUAAUAAUAUUAAACUGCUUUUACUCGCGAGGGAUGCAAAAUACCCGACUUUCGAGGUAUUUGUAACUCUCUUGCAGGAUGAAAAAUUCCCAGCUUCUGCGAUACACAUAAAUCGCAUAUAAAGUUCAAUGAACAAACGACAAAAGAUUUACGCAUCGUUGCGCGUACGUUGCGAAUCGUGGUUCGCACUUAAUUGAAAGAAUCACUCAAAUCCAUUUAGCCGAUGUUUGCAGAAACAACCCGUGUGGCAUGCGUUCUGCAGUAAUUCAAUGAUCUCAAUUCGAUUAUCUCGCCGAGAGGUUUCUUCCUUUUCCAAAUCGAGCGAAUCGAUGCCCUACCAUCAAUUAUAGCCGAUAUAUACCGCGCAAAUUACCACCGUUAAUUCGAAAUCGCAUCGCUCGGAUCUCGGAGAGAGAGAGAGAGAGGGAGAGAGACGGAUAUACCGAAACAAUUCACACGAACUUCGCGAGUUUGAUAAUAACCGCGGUGUAUCUUCCCGCAAAGAGAUACUCUCUCUCUCUCUCUCUCGGCAGGUUGAGCCUGCCGGCGCGAGAUACCACAUUUUAUGCCCGCAUUAAGCCCCCGCGAAUAUUCGCAGCGGGGAUUCGGGCUCAUCGGGACCGAUUUCAUACGCGUUUCCGACUUCCAAUAUGCGCUCGAUAAUUGAUACAAGCGCGGUGGCAGAGCGGCGGUGGCGGUGCAACCAGUCAAUCGACGCCGACUACUGCCUUUUAUUCGCGGCGGCCUUGGAUUAUAUAAGUCACGCAGGAUACCCACCCGCGAUGCGAGGCCGAGUGCAUGUGAAUGCAAAUAUCUAUUGUCUUGGAACGGGGUCGCGAUUUAAUCGUAAAAACAACUCGUUGGUGUCACCUCGCCCUUGUGACCAUUACGUAUCGUCCGUGCGAAAAUUUGUACGUGUCUAAUCUCGCCGAAUUCGUCGUAAGCCUGUCGAAAGCUCGUGCGUGAAAAAUCUGUCAUUAAAAAAACCGGUGUAAAAAAAAUCGAAAAUCACAUCACUUUUGCGAAGGAGUUCUUCCGCGCGAUGUAAUACGCACCUGGACUUUGAUGUACCACGUGUGCGGCGAGUGACGUUUUAAUGAAAUAUGUCAACCGAGAUUGACGUUUUUAUGCUGUUUGUUGAUUUAACUCGUAGAAAACUGCGACAGUCAGCGACGAUCGGCACCAACGCAUCUCAUUGAUUUCAGAUAAAAUAUAACCAGCUGUCGAUAAAGAGCCGGGUAUAUUUGUCAAAAAUUGCGUUUAUAUUUCGCACAUAAUUGGACGCACAAUUUUUCAGCUGUUGCUCACGGAGUUGCUCGUAACUCGCGAAAAAUGACAAUAUCUGUCAAUUUUCAGCUUGUCAACUUAUAGCUUUUUUUUCCUGUUUGCGUACAAUUUUUCUCUCUCGGAAUUGAUAAUCAAAAAUUAAAUUAGAAAAAUUUCGGGAAACAUGCUUAUCGCUGUUACUGUUAAUAAACUGAUACAAAUUUGUAUACGUUAGUUAGACGAAAGUUCUGUCGGAAUAUCGCCGAGAAAAGUUGCCAAUCCUGAUGCUCGACGAUUUUUUACACCGUGUCCAGAAAUUUUAUAUACAUUCGCCGCGAGAAAUAUUUGAGAUUGCAUGUAAAUAGAGACGUUUACAUUCUGUUAUCUUGCCAUCUUCCUGUUUCAUGCUAAAAUAACACUAUAUCAAUAUGAAAGCAUGCGCAACUUGCGUUCCUCGUUUCGCGUUCGUCGCGAGAUCGAUCGCGGUGAUCGUAGAUGACACGUAAAUAGAAAGAGGGCACGCGGGAAUUAUUGAUACUCCUCCGAUCGAUCACAGGAUUGUCAUGGCAUACGCGAACUGAAUUAGAUUCUAAACGCCUAUCCGAAGAGGAUAGCCGUUUAUAAACUCCCGGUGAUUCCAUCAAUCUUCCAAAUCUGAAUUUCUUCGCGACUAAAGACGCGUUUAAACGAUCAAUAACGACGAUCCUAUUAUCCUUAUUUCCAUCAUUUAUCGUCAUCGUUAUUAUCAUUUCCGAAUUCCGAUAUCAAUUUCAAUUUUCAAUUCUUCUUUUUUUCAGAGAAGAUUCACUCGAAAAGAAUAUCCGCUCAUAUUCCUGUACGUGCCACGAAGGAGUUCCGUAUAUAACUUUUUACUUUGUAGUUUCGUACUUUGUUGUCUUUUAUUUCUAGCGAGGCGAAAGAGUGCAAAGAGUGAAACAGUACAAAGUUACUUUAUUCAUUAAUAAUUCGAAUGGUUGGAUUCUCAGCGGCACGCCCGAUUCGAACCUCGAUGAUACCGAAUAUCCGAGAGAACGGCCAGGACUCUUCGAUCGUCAACGGGAAAACUUGUAUAAAUUUUUACUCUUAUCGUAAGUGGCAGUGGAAAAAAAAAAGUGUGGUCUCUAGGGUAAUGGGCCCUUCGCGCAAAUGUCAAUUUCCUAGGAGGUCUCGGGAAGGCAGAAGGCCUCUCCGUCUCUGUAUCUUCCUCGCCGUCUUUAUCUAUCUCUAUUUCUCUCUGAGGACGAUUCGCGCCCAUGUUGCUCUCUCCACGCUCGGAUCCGGCGCGCGGAUAUCGUUGAUGUUGACCCUUGGAAAAGGUCGCGACCGACACGAAACGCGACCGACUGCGGGAGGACACGUGACUUAACGGGGAGACAAUCCCAGAGGCGUGACACGCGAUGCGAAUCCAUUAGAACCCGCGCGUCUGUCGUAUUUUAUUUAUUACAAUUAUUCUCGGAAAAGUUCUCUCGUUUAAUAAUCCUCGUAAAAUGAUAGACGUUAAUUUCCAUCAUCAAUGCAAAUUGCAUUACCGCGUUUGUUCCAAUUACGUAAGCCAUUGAAAGAGAAAAAAAAACGCUUCGUUGGAAGGCCGAAGGCGUAGUUGUUUCGAGUGGGGAAAAAAAAAUUAACGCCGGCCGUACACGCAGUCGCGUUUAAAACGGUACGUUAUUUCCACGCCAAUAACUGCCAUCGCAACAUCCCCGCGUUUGCCACCAAAAUAGCGUCCACUUUUCAUUAUUAGGGCACUCCGCAUAUACGGCUUAAGAUCCCAUGGAUAUUUAAAGAUGAAUUACCUAGCAGACAUUCGUUGCUGCAGCUUCGAGAUCGUUCGCGAACGCAUUUGGAAAAUGUCAGACUCGGUUUCGCGCAAAAGUAGUGCGGAGAGCCAAGAAUAGCGCCCUACUUGUCUGAGGUUUUCGUCCGCGUUUUCUUCUUUAAUCGAAAAUGAUCAUUAGAGUGCGGCCCGGUCGAGACAAAGGCGAAACUGCAUCGCGAGAAGGAACGAUGACGAUAACGUUCAUCUUUGUUCUUCCCUCGGCAAUGUACAGUCCAGCUGUGUACCGCUUCCUUUUAGGGACGAUACACAUUACCGAGUCGCCCUAUCAGUCAUUAACUUCGUUAACCCCCGUACCACGAAUAAUCAAACUAACCGUUGCGCGUCGUCGUACGCAGAGAAACUUCCUGCGGGACGAACGAUAAACGGACGAUAAAUAACGACGGCGUGUCGCGAAAAUCGAUUUUCCAACGAAGACAGGAAGGUUUUUGCGAUACCGUACUUCGGAGUGACGCCAAGCGCACGCGGGCUCCCACGUUUGGCGCGCAAAACGGCAAUUUCCAUUCUGGACUUAAAUUAUCAUUCGCCCCACACACGCGACUUUGGCGCAAUAUUAAUAUUUAGCAUGUUCGAAACACGCUAUCGCAAGAAGUCUCUAAUAGGGAGUCUUUCUCUCUCUGUUUCUCCCCCUCUCUCUCUCUCUCUCUCUCUCUCUCUCUCUCUCUUUCUCUCUUCCUCCUUUCCAUAAAUACACGGUGAACGCUGAAGCUUUUCGUAAAGUUACUUUCAUCUUAGAUUUAUAUAUCACUGUUCAUCUUGAUACGACAUUAACGUUUUGUAACGCUCGAAGAGGACACGCUAUCACCAAAGUAUUCUAUACCGCUAAGGUAUUUAAAUACGAAGAGAGGAUUUCGAGAAACGCGAUCCAUCAUGUCACGCUACCGCGGUUCGCUCUCCGCUCGCCGGGACCGGCGAAUACGUUACCUCAGGGAGAAAGAGUACGUGUGUUCAAUAGC